AUGCGACAGCGACCUUCCACUCAAUAUGGGCAGCAGCUAGGAGAUCCACGCCCAAAUCAACCCCUCCGAGAGGCAGUUGACGCCUUCAAACGGGAGUGGAAGAACACCAGGCUUCCUAGCUCAGCUAACACGAACGGGGAGGUAUUUGCGAAACUUCCAAACCCAACCUUACGCAGAAAAUCAGUCGAAGAUUCCGCAAAACAGUCCCAAGUUCCAAGUCUUCAAACCAGCCCAGGAAGCAUUUACAUGAAAAUCAAAGGAUAUGGAACGGCCUAUCAAGUAGUCCGAGAUCCUAGGUCUGGCAAGGAAAACCAAACCGAUAUCAUAUUCAACCACGGGAAUAUGAGGUUAUACCUCCAAGAAUUCAAAGGUGACCGCAGAUCUUUGGCAUUGAAGAUUAGGCCACCCAGGCCACGGAAUAGCUGA